AUGGAACAUUCUAGCUCUUUAUAAUCAAUUCCUAUUCCAGAUCUACAUGAUUGUGGAAAAGAAUUAUAUUUCACAAUUGAUAGGAUUCUCGACAUAGUAAUUUUGAUCUCUAAAUCUGCAGUUAAAAACAAAGAACUUGGCUUUACUUUCGGAAAUAAUUUCAACUCUAUCUUUACGAGUAUAACUCACCCUCUUACUCCAAGUGACCAUGAAAAAUGUUUUAAGAUUUUUCACAAGUUUGCUCUAUUCAAGCAAUUCGCUCAAAAUGUAUGGCAUGGUUCAGUGAUAGGAAGUAUCAUAGAUGGAAACUUUGAUUUGAAAAAUUUCAUCGAAUUAGGGCGCAAAAUUUCAGAAAGUGUUGUGACUAAGUAGCAAUCAGAUGAAGUCUGGGAACCUUUCAGCAAGUAGCUUAAUGCACAGAACGAUGCUCACCUAAAUGAACUAUUAGCCUCAAGAAAACCAGGUCAAUAACUUUCUUAAUCAGAAGUGGCUAGUAUUACUAAACAUUACGAUACCUCUGAAGAUUACUUUGAAGAUGAUCUAAGGAAUUUCGAUAAAAUAGGAUACAAUAACGCUUUUUAUCAGAAUGUUUAUAAAUUUAUAAAAGAGGAGCCUGUUCCUUUUCACCUGAAUUCUGAGAUCCUGCUUUGUAACAAUCACUAUGAGUUUGCUGAGAUAGGUGAUGCCUUUCCUGAUGUUGCUACAAUAAAGAUGGGAUAAACAAUUGUCAACCCUUUCAGAGAAUUGUGGCUGUGUUUAUUUAGGAAUAAAAUUAGCAUUCCUAUUGAUGAAUUUACAUAUCAAAUUUCCUUUUUCUGCUAGCUUCUACAUAAGGAUGAGGGAUUAAAUGAGUUUUUUAAAGAUAAGGUUGUCUAAGAAUUAAAAGAAUUCGCUCAAUCUUCUGACUACUAUGUUGAUUUGAGGAGAGAUGGAUCGUUCUUUAAAAGAAUAGUUCACAUGAUUGCUUCCAAAACCUCAGGGGCCAAAGUUGAGGAAACUAUCACUGCUGAAUCUACAAUAGCAAAUAAAGGAGCAGGUUCUAGGUCAAUAUCUAUUUAAGCAAAAGGCUAUGAUUUGGAACUUGUAAGAAGCUCUAUUAAAGAGAUUAAGAAAGGGAAUGGGCGAGAUAUAAAAUUGGCUAUUAAACAAGAGAGCAAUACAAUUGAUCCAACAAUCUAACCUCUUGGAUUAGUUGGCUAAGUUCUAAAUGGACCUUCGAAUUAGGGUUUGAUUACAUUAGGAAACUCUCUCGAAAAUGAUAUCUAUCUUCCAAAAACAGGCUUAAUAUUUGGAACAUAAUUCGGACUGAUUUUUAAAGAUGGAAAUUUACAUGUAAUUGAUUUUAGCUCUUCAGUUAGUAGUACCAAUACUUUGUUAAGAUUCAAUAAAAAUGAGAAGAUAGCUUUAAAACAAGGUUAGGUCCUUAAUUUUGCAAACACCGUUGACUACCAUAUAUCAUCCUUGACCUCUGGCCACAUUAAACUAGAUUUUGUGAGAGAUACAAAAACAGGAAAUUCAAAGGAUAAAAAAUCUCCUGAGGGAUUUGAUCUAGAAAUCCCAUCCACUGGUAUCAUAGUCAGCAGAAACAAGGGCUAGGUCAUGACUAUCCCAAAACUUGCAUGCAGUGCUAAUCAUUGCAAGAUAUUUGGAGAUGGUAUUGUAGAUACCUCAAGUAAUGGAACAUUUGUUUAUUUAAAAACAUUCGCUGAACAAUAAAAACAAAUUUAGUCUCAAUUAGUUAAACUUGACCAGGCUAAAAACAAUAUUUAGGUUAUUGAUAUCGACUUUGAAGUUCUUUGA